GUAUCACUUUUUUUUACACUCAACUGAAGAAAACUUUUUUUUACAGUCAACAGUCUUCAUUCGAUGACCUCUGCAGUGUACGACUUGUGUUGGGUCAUCCAGAACAGACCGCACGACGUAUGAACACAACGACGCCAACGUGCCCGAUCCACAAAUAAUACACCGACAGCGACGCACUUCUCCAGCGCUCUGCGCUCGGACCACCUUCAAUUAAUUUGUGAGGCUUUGCGGUUUGUUGCUCGGCGUCCACAAUCGGCCCGCACGAAAAUGAGGCGCCCUUAACGCUUAACGUAAAGGACUUUCGCACGGUUGCCCCCCUCACGUAAGAUGGCCGAACGGAGGAGGGCUCUAACGAAACGAACCGAUCGGCCGGCUUGCAGCCUGCCUGGCCACAUAAUAAUAAUAAACACGUGCCGCUUGGUACCACCACUGUCCCUGGGAGUGUUGCUUGCUGGUGCCUGGAUGGAACAAGUGCCGGGUGGAUAACAGCCCGUCGACUAGUCGUUUACGAAACUGCGCUAAAGUGAAACGUGCGGUGGAACUGCUCUUAAACUCUGCGCUGUCCCGUGAGGAAUUAACAACGUUUUAAAAGGUUUCAAGAAGGCAACCCCAAAGCAUGACGUUUUGAUGGCGCCCUAGUGGGAUAGUGUCCUCGGAGCUUGGCUAUAGAGUCUGGCCUGACAUUGAAACAGUCUUCAUUGUGAAAAGUACAACCAUUGAUGAAAGAGUCAUCGCUGAAAAGAAAAACACUUUCAAAAUGCUGAGCCCAUUAUCAUAAUGAUCAAUCGAAAAGUGUAUUCAUUUUGUGGUUCAUAACGUUUUGUAACACAGUGCUUGAAAUUUUAGGUUAAUGUUGAACUGUAUUUAACAGAAACCAUUUGUACUGUUCAUUGACUUAAUAACAUGGUAGGCUGCGGUCUACACCUACGAUGCUGAGAUUUAUCUCCUGUGCUCUUGGACCCAGUAACAGCUAACAAACAAAACAGCGUGUAAGCCUAGUAUUUUUACCGUUGGCCAUGAUGUAUCGGCUGCAUCCCAAUUUUUUUCUGGCUCCAUCGCUGCGACGAUCAUGUUGGUGGAGACGCUUGAGCAGCCCGGACGGAAUGCCAUCACCUCCAAGAACACCAACGUCGUGGAAGUUCAAGCACAGUUUAACUUUAUCGGCACAGUCACUCCCUGCAGCUCCGUCUCGUCCGGGGGCUCCGUCUCGUCCGGGGGCUCCAUCUCGUCCGGGCGGCGCAAGGUGGCAUGGGGAGAUGCUGCCGCAGAUGCAGUCCUUGUCAUCAUCGUCAUUACCAGCAGCAACGACGUUAUUUAUGUCACCGUCUUCGCUGUCACUGCCUCCCUUCUCUGGGGACGCGAGCCCGCUAGUGCCGCCAGACCCGAUGGUGGAGCGGCUGUGGGCGUGCCACUCGGAGGAGGAGCUGCUUGAAACGUUUGGCCGGAGUCCGUCUGAACUGACCGAGCGGCACGCACUGCACGCACUGAGCGUGCUGUGCGUCCUGCGUGAGCAGCAGUGGCAGUGGUGGCCGCAGCAGCAGCGACAACAGCAAAAGCAAGAGCAACCGCGGUGGCAGCCCUUGGGUUCACUGCAGGAGCACCCGCAGUUUGGCACGAUCCGCGCAAUUGUCUUGCGCCGGCUGUACGAGAUGGGAGAUGACGACCUCGUCGGGAUUCUUUCUGCCGCACUCAGGCUGAAGGUGGAUCACCACGACUCGCUCGUGCAGGAGCUGACGAUCGAGGGCUGUCGACGCAUUGACCGGCUGCCGCUAUGCCAGCUGUCCAAGUUGGCGAUGAGCCUCAUGGAUCAGCAUCUGCAUAGGAGCCGUGCAGCCGGGCGCAUUGCUGAGCGCUUGCGGCUGGAGCUGCACAACUUGAAUAUUAGAGUGCUGUCGAAGUUCAUGCUGGCGACAACGCAAGUGGCCUCGGCGGAGCUGCGCCUUCAAAUGGUGGACGCCGCAAUCGAGCAGCUAGACAAACUGCAGCUGCAGGAGCCAUCGAUGCAAUCAAGAGCGACACAGGAAGUCGACCUUGCAGUAAGGCCCACCGAGGAGAUGGAGAGUGAUGGCGUGGAGAACUGGAAGGUGGAGCAGCUGCGCCUUUACCGAUCGCUGUUGUGGAUGCUCAAAUUCCUGCAGGGGUCGCAUCACGCGCAACAAUCGCUCCUCGACAGCAUUGCCAAGCACCUGACAAACCUGCUGCCGGUGAUGAAUAUAGCGAAGGUGUGCACGGUGCUGCGCCACCUGCGGGGCCUGUCCUACAACAGCACCUCCUUCAAUAUGGCGGCGCGCGAGCGCUUUCAGAAGCUGCUCCCCCCGCACAGCUGGUGCGACGACGGCCAAAAGAGCCAUGGGGCCGACGAGACGCAGGUUCUGCAGGAGCUGGAUGAGGAGUCCCGGGGAGAAGACACCGAGAUCAUGAUGGGCAUCUGGGCCGACCCGAUGGCGCACCCGCAGUCCGCACUGCGCGUCUUCACCGUCUACGGGCCGCUCGCCGGGCCGGACAUCCGCAGGAGCCUGGAGAAGGCCAUACUGAAGCACAUCGACCAGUUUUCGAAGAGUCAGUCGACGUUUUUCAUGGAGGGCAUAGCAGAGAUGAGAUGCAAGAACCCUCUUGUCAUCCAGAAAGCAAUGGAGAUGAUGCGCCACUACCUGCCCACGUACCGCACGACUGAGCUGGUGCGCGUCACACAGGCCGCGCUGGAGCUGCGUUGUGUGGACACGGCGCUCAUGCCACUGCUCGCAUCACGCAUCCUCGCUUUGCUGCAGAGUGCCUAUGGGAUGAACGAGGCGGGGAGGCUGGUUCGCCUGCUCGCGAUUUUGCCGAUGCCCGCGCACGCGUUCCUGGGCUCGCAGGCAGCGGCCGACAUCGUCUCGUCGCGCAUGGAGGCCUUGAUCCCGCAGGCCAGCCUCGCGGACCUGGCCAACUUGGGCACGAUGCUGGCCAAGUGGCACGCGGCGAACCGCAGGGUGCGAACCCUCGGCGCCGACAGCAGCCGCCUGUCGCGGCUGUUGCCGCAGCUGCGCAACAUGGCGCUGUCUCGACUCGAGCAGAUGGAGUCGCUGGACGCGUUCUUGGAGGAGCACCACCUCGUGAAGGGCACGUGGUUCACGGAGGCUGUGCUGGAGGAGGCCAUGCAUGCGCUGCACCGCCUGGCCCCGCAGGUACACCCGGGGAACCUACUGCGCUGUUGCGAGCUGCUCAUCAGCACCUACUACCUGCAGCCGGAGGUGCUGGACAGCAUCGCCGCCGUCGCCAUGCGCAACAUCAAGCAGAUUCACUAUAAGACCUGCUACACAGUGAUUCUCCUCUUUGCGCUGAUGAACUACGAGCCUCCAAACGGCGAAGAGUUCUUCAACGUCUGCAUCGAGCACAUCACUCCACAUCUGGAUCAGCGCAGCACGUUCCACCUGCUGCUGCUGGGAUACGUCCUGUCGCUGCUCAACAUCUACCCGGAGUCGCUCACGCGCACCAUCUUCUCCCUGCCCUUCCUCACGCGCCUCGACCGCCACAUGGAGUUGGUGCCGGAGAACCUGCAGCUUACCCUACAGGAGCGACUCAUGGAGCUGAAUCGCAACGUGUGCCUUGAGGCGCCGGAGUUCCGGGUGCCCUGGUUCCAUGAGCGCCACUGCCAGCAGUCGCUUACGAAAGAGCGCAGCUCCACGUACCCAGUGAAACGUCAGAUCUACAGUAUCCUGUGUGAGGUGCUGGGUGGCAUCAGCUUUGCCAAGCUCUCUGCCAUUACGCCGUACUACCACGUCGUCGACUUUGAGUGCAUCUUAGACAAGCAAGGGCGGCCGGUGCCGUACGUGGAACGCGGCUUCAUGCUGGGGCCCGAGGCCACACUGGGUCCAUGGGCGUCUGGAGAUGCUGGGGUCACGGGGCGUAGGGAACUGCCCCCUGGAGCACAGAGGAUCGCCGUGCAGUUUCUGGACGGCCGUGCCUUCUGUAAGGGCGAGCGCCGGCUCAAGGGCCCUGUCGUCGCAAAAAUGCGGCACUUGGAGAUCCUUGGUUACCGUGUCGUGCAGAUCCCUCACUUCGAGCUCAACUCCAUGGAGCUGUCGAGCCGGGCCGCCUGGGUCCGCUACAUCAAAGAAAAGCUCUUCGCUCCGUACGAAAUAGGACAAGAAGGAUGGCGAGGACGAGCAAGAGAGUGACGAGACGGAGGAGAGACGGAGGAGGGACGGUGACAAGGAGAUCGACUGGCAGGAUUGUGUCAACAUUGGUCUCCACACCGGCGAUUUGGUUUUGUGUCUACCCUCCCAUUCCACCCCUACCCAGUUGUGCCUAACGAGCCAAUGCCAUAAUCAGCCCGACCUGCUUGCCUUUAUUAAGAAGAUUUCAAAUGCCCGAGGGCUGCAAUGUACUUAUGUAUUUAUUGCUAUGCGUGUCUAGUGUAGACAAGCUGUGUAUAUUGCUAGUCCGUUGGUACGUGUGCACACGGGUAUAUGCUGUAUUUGCAGUUUCACAUAUCAUGUGAAUACAUAAAUCUACACAAUGAACACGGUGAGUAAUUGCACACCAAAGGUCCGAUUCACGUGCUGUUGAAUGCUUAUUUCCAUCCAGUGUUUUGCAAAAACUUUGUUUCUGCCAUCAGUAAUGGGCCCUUUUGUCAAAAUGACAAUCCAGCCCCGUGCGCACACCUACAAAUUCAGCCGUCUGUACCAGUGCCAGAUUAAGCUAGUGCGGGGCCUGUAGCAUAUGUUAUAAAGGGUCCCUAAAUUGAAAAAAAAAAAUGUAACACGAAUGUUUUACUUGCAUAGUAAAGUAAUUGUAUUUUUUC